CACGUUCGACAGUUUGAUAUAGUAUAAUACACCUUACCGGCCACGAAAACGUCAGUCAUUGACGUGACGGCAAUUCAUACGUUUGCUAGCCAUGAGUCAGAACGAGUCGCGCCGCGUAUUCGACCGACAACGGCAACUGUUCAGUCAAUUGCGAAGGUGAAUCCCUUUUUUCCAAAAUUGAACUAUCGAUGUUUUUGUGAUCACCAUGUGGCUAUCCAGUUAAACAGUUAGUGACUUCGAUGCGCGGGUCAGUUACGGCGAAGGAAAUCCGGUGAAUCGGUCAGUUGAAUCGGAGAAUUGGUGAUAUCAUAUAAAAAGUGCUACAAGUGCAAAGUGUUUGAAUUCGAUGGUCACAUUUUAGGUAUCUUAGUAGUGAGACUAGGAAUUUAGAGGCAAUCAACUAAUUGGACAGCAAUAUUUAUACGCGAAAUCAGCAGCAAACGCGAUGUUGGUAAUUGCUAAAACAGACUGACGGGACUUGAAUCUUGUCGACAAAUCCGGUGCAAUGAGUGGAAUCCAGAAUGACGCAUUCGACCACGAUGGGAAUGGCAUGCAAAUGUCCCAUCGCAAAAGUGGCGCUAUUUUAACUAAUGAGCCGCCCGAACUCCUUCCCCCGCACUCGCCCGACCACAAACCCUCCACCAGAAUGCUGGACAAUCUGAAUCGGAUACUUAAGGAUCACAAGGCGCACAUACGGAUAGCAUGGAUUGCGGCACUCAAUGCGGUGGUUAUCGUCUUUUUCGGUUUCGCCACUAAUCACUACUUGGAAAAAGAAAAAUCAUGCAAAAAAAAUUGCGGCAUGCAGUGGUGCGAUGGCUACGGAAUGCUGGUUUUACUUCUUGGAUUUCUCUACCUGGGUCUAGUGUACUUCCAGAUACUGAAACCACUACUAGCAAGGACCUUCAAACAAUUUAUCGCACAGCCGCUAUCAAGGUUGCUAAGCGAAACAUUCAGCAGUCUAUUCUCAAAGCUGAUAGCAAUUGCAGUCGUUUUGGUUGCCUUUGCAUUGUUCUGUUUCUUCGAAACCCAGGAUGAACCUGAACGGUUGGUUUCACUGGCCGGCAUCGUUACGCUGCUUUGUAUUUCUUUCCUAUGCUCCAAGCAUCCCACUAAGAUCAAUUACCGACCGGUAAUUUUUGGAAUCACUUUCCAGUUCCUGUUGGGCUUGUUCUGUAUCAAAUGGGAUGUUGGACGUAGCAUAUUCAGUUGCAUUGGCGAUAAGGUGGCUACCUUCUUGAACUACUCAGCUGACGGAGCCGAAUUCGUCUACGGAGAAUUUAUUGUUCGGAAGGAAAUGGUGUUCGCUUUUGCCACACUGACUGUGAUAUAUUUCUUCAGUUUCUGCAUCUCGAUCUUGUACUACUUGGAAACGAUGCAGUGGGUUGUUCUGAAGCUGGGAUGGAUUCUUCAGAGUAUUCUGGGGACGACAGUUUGCGAGAGUGUCAUCUCGGCGGCAAACAUUUUUCUCGGAAUGAGCGAGUCGCCUCUACUGAUUCGUCCGUACAUAAAAAACUUGACACACUCGGAGAUACACGCCAUAAUGUCAUCCGGAUUCGCUACCGUGUCGGGAACGGUGCUGGCAGCUUACAUCUCAUUUGGAGCUGAACCGGCUCAUCUCAUAACGGCCAGUGUGAUGGCAGCCCCGGCCGCACUUUGUUUUGCUAAAAUAAUUUAUCCGGAAAUUGAAGAAAGCAAGACGCGGUCGGAUAACAUUGAGAUGGAGAAAUCAACUGACUCGUCCGUAUUGGAUGCAGCAUCGAAUGGUGCCAGCAUUGCCACGGCUCUGGUUCUCGGUAUCAUCGCUAAUCUGAUAGCGUUCGUGUCCUUCAUAGCAUUUCUGAACGGUAUUCUCAAUUGGCUGGGACUGUUGGUCGGUCUGGAGGACGUUUCUUUGGAAAACAUUUUCGGAACCAUCUUUCGCCCGUUGGCCUUUGUCAUGGGCGUACCCUGGGAUGAGAGUUACUACGUGGGAAAGCUAAUCGGGACGAAAACGAUCGUCAACGAGUUCGUUGCCUAUCAACGGCUGGGGGAGUUCAUCCGGGGGAAACUGUUAUCGCCACGUUCGGCAGCGAUCGCCACAUACGCAAUCUGCGGGUUUGCCAAUCCCAGCUCGUUGGGUAUCUUGAUCGGAUCGCUCAGUGCUAUGGUGCCGGAAAAGCGCAGCGUAUUUACGGCGGUAGCAUUCCGGGCAUUCAUUACCGGUUCCAUCGUGUGCUUCAUGACUGCCAGCAUAGGAGGUUUACUCAUGAACGCGGAAAUAUUCAACAACUUUGGGAAAUCCCUCGACUCGAUGCCACUCAAUUCAACUAGUGUUUAAGUUGCAGAUAGUUAAAAAUCCAGUACGUAUAGUCAAAUCUAGUAUUUCCUGCUUAGUAAUAGGAUGAACAUUGUGGAUUAGAAAAAUCUUGAACCUAAGAACGAUGGUGUGUGAUAUGAUCGUUACCAUAAACAAAAAGUAUUUCUGUUUAGUAUUGGUUUUAUUAUCAUUAUUUCAUUAGUCACUAUCAUAAAAAUAUCGAUAGCCGAUAGGUACAAAUGAGCUCCAGGAUAUGCAGAUACACAAACAAACAGACGUAAGAAUUGAAACUAAUCCACUGAUGGACUUCUUUUGAUCCUAAACUGAGCGCAUUCUCAUCGGAUGCCUUGCUUUUGUUUUGUUACUCGAUUGUCGUUGACAUUUCUACUUUCCUAUCCGUAUAAACGUUUGUCUGUUUGUCAGUUGUAGCUUUUUAUUGUCCAAUUUCAUGGACAUGUACACCGUUAACAGUAAUUAGGCAGCCUUUUUUUCACUAAUGUUUUUUUUAUAAUUUUUAUCUUUGGUGUAUAUUAAUAGCAUAAAAGUGAUCGCUGUUCAGUUACAAUAUAUUACAGAAAAUACAACAGUUUUGACUAAUUCUAGUGAAAUAAAACAACACAAAAUAGUUACUAUUCAGCUUGAAAUUCAACUAUUCAAAAAAAAAACAACAAAAAUCCUAAAGAACCACUGUUCAAAUAUUGGAAGCUGGUGAUGAGUUUUGUACAUAAAUUGCGGUGUUUCAAAAAUGCCUCAAGAUAUCUAGACAUAGAUGCAUUCCAACUCAACUAUUGUUUUAGCUUUCAUAGCAAUACAUUUUCCAUAUAAUUUAUUUAGCUAAGCUUCAUCUUGAUUUAUCAAUCAAUUUACCAUUUUACUCAAGUUCCUGUAGAUCACUUAGAUGAUAGUAAGUUGAAAAUUUUACGAAAUCUGAUAUUGUCUCUUUAAUCUAUGCGUUGUCAAUUUACAAUCCAUUAGUGUUUAGUGUUAGUGUUACAGGAUAGCAUAUAACGAGUUCUGUUUGGCCAAUGAAAUUCAAGUUUUUUAUAUUAGCUUUUAUUUAAAUUCAAACACAGGGCUUAUUGAAAAGAACUUGACAGAAUCACAGACAAUAUUCCUGAAACGCAACAGUGUAAUUCAAAGAUUUCGAUCAGCUGAGUCCCAAUUACUGCAGCGACAAUCAUUCUACCCAGCGAUCAUAAAAAUAAGGAUAACUUUAACAAAACCCGAAAUUUAAAAUCCAUUUAUGCAAAUAUAUGCUAAG